AUGGCCAGCGUCGACGAUAUAUUCAAGAGCGCAAGGCUUCAGAAUAAAAGAAAGCUUGAUACCUUACGCGACCCAAAGGAAAUACACAAAUAUAGCCGAUUAUCGAUCGACGGUGAUUCAACCCGCCAUGCCCGCGUCGAAGACGAUGUGGUUGAAGAUGGAGAGGUGCCGGAUUUCCGGCCAGGCCUACCACCCGACGAUGCUGGCGGCGAAGACGAAGAGGGACGCUUCUUCGGAGGUGGUAUCAGCAAGAAAGAAUCACAAAUCCUUGACUACGUUGACGAUGCAGGUGCGGGCGCUGCGGCAGAGCAAGUCGACGCUGGAUGGCUGCGUAAGACCGCCCUCAACUUCGAGAAGCACAUCACACGAAACGCCGAGCUGCGAGCCAAAUUCGAGAACGAGCCUCAAAGAUUUAUUGGAAGCGAAGCAGACCUAGACUUAGACAUCAAAGGCCUCUCGAUUUUGGCUGAACAUCCCGAACUAUACAUCGACUUCGUGAAACUCGGCUGCGCUGGAAGUCUUGUUGGCCUGCUGGCGCACGAGAACACGGAUAUUGCGAUUUCUGCUAUCGAAAUCAUCGGCGAGCUCACCGACGAAGACGUCGCUGCUGAAGAUGAACAAUGGAGUGAACUGGUAGACGCCCUUAUGGAGGCUAGCCUACUCGACCUUCUCGUAUCCAACUUCUCGCGGCUAGAUGAAGACGAUGAACCCGACCGGAAUGGUAUUUACUAUGCUAUGGGUAUACUGGAAAACUUUUGCUCGAGGAGCCAAGUAGCUGCUCGGAUCAGCAACGAAAAGCGUCUAAUACAUUGGCUCAUUCAGCGCAUUCAGCGCCAGGAAACCAACGUGACACAGAACAAGCAGUAUGCCGCUGAAAUUCUUGCUAUCUUGGCGCAAACUUCGGACAGCAGCAAAAAGGCACUUGCGGAGGCCGAUGCAGUAGACAGUCUUCUACAGCUCAUCGCUCAGUAUCGCAGACGAGAUCCCAACAAAAGUGGCAAUGAAGAAGAGUACAUGGAGAAUUUGUUCGAGGCCUUGACAUGCAUCGUGGAUUCAGAUAUUGGUAAAAGCAAAUUCUUGGAAGCUGAAGGUGUUGAGCUUUGCCUCAUCAUGCUGAAAGAGGGCAAAAAGGCCAAACCUCCAGCACUACGUCUGCUCGACCAUGCCGCCGCUGGUCCUCUUGGCGUUGAUAUUUGUACAAAAGUUGUUGAUGCCGGAGGGCUGAAAAAUUUGUUCUCUGCCUUUAUGAAGACACACGAACAGAGACUCAUUGACCACCUUGUCAGUAUAUUCUCAAAUAUGCUGCGACGCUUCCCCGCUGAGUCUGCAGAACGCAUCCGGACUCUUGCCAAAUUCGUGGAAAAAAGCUAUGAAAAGACCACCAAGUUGGUUAUGCUCUUCCACAAUUACCAAGCUAAAGUAGCCUCAGCUACGCGGCAGGUCAAUAUUAUGUUGUCACAGGGCGAUAACGAGGAAGCGCAUGACUUUGAGGUCCUCGCCGCUAGACUUGAUAACGGACUCUUUACGCUGCAGCUAAUUGCAGUCAUCCUCGCAUGGCUUGUAGCAGAGGACAAUGGUGCCAAAAAGAUCAUCGGGAAUCUGUUGACAAAUCGUGAUGAGGAUCUAGGCUCGUUACGACUGCUACUGCUAGAGCAGAAGGAAGGACUGGACACAAACGAGGAGGAUAAUCAAGAUUUCAAUGACAUGUUGGGUGCAUUGAUCGAGUCUCUCCAAUGA